AUGAAUGCAAUACUUCUUGUACCACUUCUAGUGGCAAGAUGUAUCGCAGUAUCCGAUUAUAGUCAAUAUGUGAACGUCUUCACAGGAACAGAGAAUGGCGGCAAUGACUUCCCCGGCGUGGCAAGACCAUUUGGAAUGGUGAAACUGGGCCCGGAUCUUCUCAAAACUGGCGCAGACUCAUAUUCUGGAUACCUCAAAGAUGGAAACUUUUCGGGGUUUAGUAUGAUGCAUGAACAAGGGACUGGAGGCGCACCCAAGUAUGGCACAGUAUCUCAACUGCCUUUGGUGGGCACUAUCAGCAAUCCUUCAUCAAGUAUCACGGUUGGGAGAGCGCGCCCCGACUCGGGAUCUUUGGGUUACUACAAUGCUCUGACAAGCGAUAACGUUGUUGUGGAACUUGCUGCUACCUCUCGAGCAGGAAUGUAUCAAUAUACCUUUCCAGCCUCUAGCACGAUCAACAACGUCUUAAUUGAUGUGAGCCAUGUCCUUCCAUCAUUCCGUGGCCAAGGUCUGGGCCAAGGCUACGCCGGGGGAGACUUCAAUAUCAUGCCGGAUGGCCACUACGAAGCAUCUGGAAUUUAUAACAAUGGAUGGAAUCGAAGCCCAAAUUGGACAAUAUAUUCUUGUGGCUACUUUAACGCAACGCCCUCAGCAGCAUAUGCUUACAGUAGUGCAGCAUCCUCCCAGAAGUCAAAAUCUGCUAGUUCAAAGUCUUCUUCGGUUGCUAUUGGCGGCUUAUACACCUUUCCAGGCGCAGUUGUCUCUUCGCGAGUUGGUAUUUCAUGGAUUUCAAAAGAGAAAGCUUGCCAAAAUGUUAACAGCGAGAUUCCCUCGAAAACUACAUUUUCAAGUGCUGUCCAAAACACCAAGGAUGCUUGGAAUUCCCAAGUCCUCUCCAAGAUCACGACCACCGCCACCAAUACUGCCAGUUUGAAAUUACUUUACACCUCGCUCUACUUCAUGAACCUUUUACCAACAAACCAGACGGGCGAAAAUCCUGGAUGGAAGUCAUCAGAGCCAUAUUACUCCGAUAUAUUCACUCUCUGGGAUCUUUUUCGUUGCUCGACAGCAUUGUUACACGUCGUCCAACCCGUUGUCUACGAAGAGCAUAUCCGGUCGAUGAUUGAUAUCUGGAGACAUGAUGGCUACCUCCCAGAUGCGAGGUCCUCUAAUUAUAACGGAAGGACACAAGGAGGGUCAAAUGCAGAUAAUGUCCUUGCUGAUGCAUAUGUUAAGGGAGUUCGCGGCGAAAUUAACUGGGACGAUGGUUAUGCGGCGAUGGUUAAGGAUGCUGAAGUCGCCCCGUCGAACUCUAACCCAGAUUCCAUGGCGCCGGACUCGUCUACUAAAGAAGGUCGUGGUGCACUUCCAGACUGGCUGGCACAUGGGUUUAUUACUCCCAAAUUCAGCCGAGCUGCCUCAAGAGCAGUGGAAUACGCCUACAAUGACUUUUCGCUCUAUCAGGUUGCGAACGGCCUCAAGAAGAAUGAUGCUGCUACCAAAUACCUUAAUCGCUCGAGAAACUGGCGAAAUCAUUGGAAUCCAGAGCUUUCAUCUCUCGGAUACAAAGGAUUCAUUGUUCCAAGGAACUUGACUUCUUUCAUUGCAACAGAUCCUCUGACAGAUAGUGGGUAUUGGGGAGAUCCAUACUACGAAGCCAGUUCAUGGGAUUACUCUUUUGGCGACCUUCAUGACAUGGCAACGAUAGUCAAACGGAUGGGCGGCAAGGAAACAUUCUUUAAACGUCUCGAUACGACUUUUGCAGUUGGCGGUAAUCCAAAAAAACCCAAUGGUGUUAUUUUCGACUCGACUAAUGAACCAACAUUCAACGUCCCGUACCUUUACAACUACAUCAAUCGACCCGAUCGUUCAGUCUUCCAGUCUCGCGGGGUAGCAAAAAGCAAAUACAAUACCAGUCCCACCGGCCUUCCAGGAAAUAGUGAUGCCGGCGCCAUGCAGACUUGGCUCCUAUGGAACAUGAUCGGAUUGUACCCCGUCACUGGCCAGACGACUUUCCUCAUUCAUUCGCCCUGGUUCGCUUCCAUGGCCAUAGACCUCGGCAAUGGGAAGAACCUGAAGAUUACAAGUACUGGUGGAGAUGGGAAUGGAGACACCAACUACUAUGUCCAAAGUUUAAAAGUGAAUGGGAAGAACUGGACCAAGUGUUGGUUGACGUGGGAUGAUGUUUUCGCUCGUGGGGGGACCAUGGAAUUCGUUUUGGGGUCGGAGGCAAAACAGUGGGCCACUGGAGAUUUGCCACCAAGCCCGGCAAGUGAGCCUGGCGCAUGA